AAAAAAAAAACAAGCAAAAGAACAGUCCAAAUUCUAACCGUUCGUGUUGUUCAAUGCAAGCGAGGAAAAUGCACUUCAUGCCGAGAAAAUAGAUGGCAGUCAUGAUGCAUGGAAAUAGGCCUAAAACAGAAUUGCUUACAAUCUAGUUGACAACGCUCGAAAAAUGUCAUUGACUUGUGCUUGUAUACAAACAAAGGGGCACCAUCUUACACCAAAACACUCAUAAAAGAUACCUCAUUCAUGUGUUAAUUGUUUUUUGUUGGUCAAUUGCAAUCCGGUGUGAAAAUGUUUUUGUGGUGCAGUUUUAAAUAAGUCGGUAACCUGAUUGGUUGGUAUUUGAGUUGUUCACAUGGCACAAAUUCAAACUUUCGUUUUUUUUGACACCGAAGCAACCGGAUUACCAUGUUACGAUGUACCAAAAAUAACUGAGUUGGCUAUGAUAGCUUGUUCACGGGAACAUUUACUUGAAGCUGCCAAGAACAAAGUUCCUCGUGUUAUAUCUAAACUGUUGUUGCCGUUUAAUCCGUGUAAAAAUAUUCACCCCGAUUCGACUGAAAUUACGGGUCUGGAUAAUUUUAUGUUAGACAAAACUAAAAAAUUGGAUGACAAUACAGUAAAUCUCAUCAAUUGCUUUUUCAGCCAAUUGAAUGCGCCAAUCUGUUUGGUAGCACACAAUGGAGACCGUUUUGAUUAUCCUCUCCUGAAGAGGCAGCUGAAACAACUGAGUGUUCCGUUCAAUGAACAUAUCUUAUGUGUCGAUUCUUUGACUCUCUUCAAAAAAAUUGAGGAAAAUGCAACAUCCGCUGGAUCAGCGUUGGAAGAGUUUGUAAAUACGGAUUUACAAGCUGUUCAGAAAAGAAAUGAGAAAACACCAUCCAAGGGGGUCUCAUUUGCCCUAAUAUCAAGAAAUCCCUAUGAAAAACCGAGUGCAGCAAGACGACUUUUUGCAUCCCAAUCCAACUCAUCUAGCGCAUCUAAUGUUCAUCCUGGUAAUAGCCUAUCGUCGACCAAAAAAUCUUAUAAACUUACUGAGAUUUAUAAAAGACUGAAUGAACGCACACCUGAUGUCGCACACAAUGCAGAAGCUGAUACCAUAACUAUGCUACUAUGUGCAAUCGCUGUGAAAGACGAAUUUGUUCAAAUGGCUGACUCCAUGGCUAUUCGAUUUGAUGAUGUUGGAAUUAAAUUUUAAAGUCCCAAAAUGAAGUAAUUUUCUUAAGUGAUAUUGACCUAUUUGAAUCGCAUUCAAAGAGAUUUUGCAUGAAUUUUUUCCUAUUUUAAAUUUUUCAAGAUAACAAUCCAGGUGGAUGUUCUAUAUUUUGUAAUGAACAAUAAAUAAAAUCAGAUUUAUCAAGACAAUAGCACCUUUUUUCUCAUUCCUCAAUGACAUACGGUUAAUGUUCUUUUGUUCAAUGUGAACUCGACCAUGAACAAUCUGUAUAUUUCCGCUCACUUCCCAAUUUUUCUCAUUAAAUUGAAUGCAUUUUAUUUUCAUAACGACUUUCACUUCACAUCAAAUUGAUUGUAAAUUUAAGUGAAUCCAAAACAAACCUUCAACUCUGAAUAAUUUGUGACUGAGACUAUAGAUGGUGCAAUAUUAAUAGAGAAUAGACAAUAGACUGUAAGUUUCGUUG